UCCUGCGUCAAUAAAACAAGAACGAAACGACCGUCUCUUUCUCUUAUAAGCUCGGGUCACCCUAUCAAAUGUAGCGUUUCAUUCAUUCGCCAGGACGAGAUACAGUACGCCAGAGAGAGAAAAUAUAGACGCUUGCCGCCGUCCCGACGCGCCGUGUACAUACUUACACAGAAGUGCUGCCGCUCCAUACCGUGACGACGCUCAACGAGCGACGCCGCCGUCGUUGUUUCGUCGUCGUUAAAAGUCCGUUCUGCCGGAGGAAGCUGUAUCAAGCUACGUCACAGGCAGUUUAACUAAGGUACUAGCCAGUACCAUUCAAACUCACAGUGUGUAAAUCGUAAAACAACCAAUCAACUCCAACUCUUUGGUCAUGCAACGAACAAAACAGCACCGAAUAAUCCGUUUAUCCGUGUUUUUUCUUAUCUAUUCCAUUCUAAGCGUUCGCUCCUUACAAAACAGUGCCAAAGCGAGUUCCAAUUACACCAAACCCGUUGAGAAAAUAAAUGAUAAAGAAGCAGCUUUAAGAACUCUCAAUAUCACAACACCGUCACCGUCAACAUCUCCAACGUUGCGUCAUCCUCAUCCCACCUGGAGAGCCAAAAGGAACUGUUCACCCCCAGCUAUAGAACAGUUUCCACAACCGUUAAUUGGUCCAGUAGCACGAAGACAUGGGGGGAUCAUUAUCCACAUUAUUGUUGCGGUUUAUACAUUUUUCGGGCUCUCAAUUGUUUGUGACGAGUACUUUGUGGCCUCCUUAGAUCGAAUAUGUGAAGAGUUGAAACUUGCCCCGGAUGUUGCUGGAGCAACUUUUAUGGCUGCAGGAAGUUCUGCUCCGGAGUUAGCCACUGUUAUAAUUGGAGUUUUCCUCGCGCAAGAUGAUAUCGGAAUAUCUGGAGUGAUAGGGUCAGCAGUUUUCAACAUCAUGUUUGUAAUAUCGGUAUGCGCCCUUUCUACUGGUACAGUUUGCUACUUGAAUUGGUGGCCCCUUGUGAGAGACUGUACCUUCUAUGCCCUUUCCAUAUUGAUAAUGUUCGUGGUGAUUUACGACGAUACUAUAUCUUGGGAUGAGUCAUUAUUUAUGUUAAUAAUGUACGGGGUGUACUGCAUAGCAUUACAUUAUAACCCUCAAAUGGAAAAGUGGGCGCACAGUCUACCGAUUCCAUUUAAGUUACCAACCCCCGAAGAAGGAUCGGGGUUGGUCAAUUACAAAACCAUGGACGACGACAAGAAAAUUCCUAACUACGGAAGUAAUCCGGACCAAAACUACGAUACAACAGUAAAGACUGCCGAACAAGUUACAGAAUUUGAUGGUACACAAGGGCAGGAAUUAAACCAGUUUCAAGAGCAACCCCCACCUGAACAAAUUCCUCCUCCACAACAACUUCAACAACCCGAAAGACAAAACCCUCAAUAUUAUAAGCCCAAAGAUCAUUCGGACUACAUUGAUCCCCUUCAAAGGCCAGAAGAUCCUACGUGGUACGCUCAGACUAAAUGGAUAAUAGUAUAUCCCAUCCAUUACAUGUGCAAAAAAACCAUGCCCGAUUGUAGAACAGAGCAAUACAAAAGUUGGUACCCAUUUACUUUUGUGAUUUCGAUGGUUUGGAUAUCGUUUUAUUCUUAUUUCAUGGUAUGGAUGAUAACCAUAAUUGGAUCAACCCUGGGAAUCCCAGAUACUGUAAUGGGGUUAACAUUUGUUGCAGCUGGGGUCUCUGUACCAGACGCUCUCUCCAGCAUUGCAGUUAUAAAGGAAGGUUAUGGUGACAUGGCAGUAUCAAACGCUGUGGGAUCUAAUGUUUUCGACAUCUUAGUAUGCUUAGGUCUUCCAUGGUUUAUUCAAACGGCUAUUAUCAGCCCGGGGUCGCGAGUGAACGUCAUUAGUAAAGGUCUAAACUACUCUACCUUUUCCCUGCUAUCUACAGUGAUAUUUUUGGUGGUUGCAACCCACUUGAACGGUUGGAAAUUGGAUCGAAAAUAUGGAAUAAUACUAAUGAUUUGGUAUUUGUUGUUUAUAUCGUUUGCAAGUUUAUAUGAACUAAAUGUAUUUGCUUCUUGGAACCCCGAAGCUUGUGAAACAUAUUACUAAUUAAAUAGAAAUGUAAAUAUUAUUACAAAUUUACUUGUAUGGUAAGGGCAACACUAAAAAAAAAAUAAUGAUAUGAAAAUUUUUUAUUAUUUCGCCUACUCUAUAUGUAUAAUUGCAUUAAACUGAUUUUGUUAAUAACAAUUAAUGUUACCCUUACUAUAUUUACGUAUUAUUCAGCUAAAGUUACCAUCUGUAACAACCAAAUGCUCAAGUUGCUUCGGUGUAAAAUUUGUUAAACAUAAAAAGUGUUAGAAAUUAAAAAAAAACUGUAGUUGUAUAAUAUAAAAAUAAUGUCGACCAUCGUAAAAAUUGCUUUACAAGAAAAAAAUUAUAAUUGUUAAAACUAGUUAAAAAAACUGAAUGAUGAAAAUAUUUUGUUGAUAAAAUAUGCGAACCCCUUUUCUUUCAAAAACCAAAUUUUAAAAAUAUAGAUAUUUAAAUAUUUUUCGGUUUCAAUAGUGUUAUUGUAAUAACAACAUUCAGAUUUUACAUGUACCUAAUAAGACUCGGAAAAGUAAGUUUUGCUUUUUUUAGAACUUUGUUUAACGUGUGUUCUUUAAAGUUUCAAAUCCCAAAAAACAUAUGGGAGUUUGAGUAUACAGGGUGUUUUACGACCAAUUUACAUUAGAACAAAACGAUUAUCUACUUAUUUUAGUGUUUCAUAAUUCGUUGAACAAAAUAACAAACAAAAGAAGUCAAUUAAGAAAAAAUCAUUAAAACAACAAUACAAAUUAUAAUGUAAACGUUUUUUGAGCACUCUGUAAUUUUCGUGGCAGUAGAUAAUUAAUUACCACCAGUAUAGCAUGUGGUCGAAAUUCGAACAAUUUAAUUUGUCUACGUAACACAAAUUAAGAAGAAAUUAAUUGUUUUGUGCACAUCUAUGACAUAGCUUAAUUAAGACUAUAAAUGCUGUUUUAAUGAAAAUUUGUCUUAAAACAUCAAACUCUCUCCUCUACAGAUAUUAAAAGUAAAUAGUUUUUUUUAAUAUGCGUUAAGAUUAUUCAUUUGAAUUUAUAAAAAUAAUAGUUACAACUUACAGUUAGUGAAGUAUAAUUAUACAUAUAGUCAAUAGAUGUAAAAUGUGCUUUACCGUCCCAAACAGUAACAUAUAGUAUUCUAUAUGUAUGUAUGGCUUUUGAAAAUCAUUUUCUGUAUCGUAUAAUGCCACAUCGAAUAGGUAAUCAUUAUUUUUUUAAUUACUCACAAAAUUCGUGAAAUCAGAGUUUAUAAGUAUUCUAGAAACUUAAAUUCAAAAUAAACACAACAAGGGCUAACACCAGUUUAGUUUUGAAGAAAAAACUACCCAAUAUUCAUUUCAAUGGCCAAGUUUUAAAAAAUAUACUUAUACGUACUUAAUUUACAAUAUGAACCAAAAUGUUAGUGUAAAAGUACUGAAAUUUUUGCUAGAAUAGAAAUUGUGGUAUUUUCGUAAUAAAAAUAUAAAAGCAAAGUAUUACAUAAUACAUACCUAAUAAUAAUUACUCUAGGUACAUAUUAGAAAUAUACCUAGAUGAAAGCAUAAACCUACGAACUUAUAUAGUUGUACUGGUAUUUAAUUUUGUCCUAAAAUCUAAGACUAAAAUGUAUUCAAGCAUAUAAAAUGUUAUAGUAUUGUAGCAAUGUUAAGCAUAUUAUUUCUAAUGUCAUUAUAAAAUUUACAAGCGCUCUAUUUAUUUAGUAAAAUAAAAUUUUUAUGAGUUGCACCUGCGUUUAAAUUUUAUGAUGGCAUUCAAAAGUUUUGUACUAACACAAAAGAGGACCCACUACUCUUCCCCUUUAUCUAUUCUCUAACUCGAGAUGUUUUAAAUUGUUUGAUUAAAAUUAGGAUUAUGAU